AUGGUCAUGGAAUCAACAGACAAGAAACCCAGAAGACGGUUUGUUGGAGUAAAAAAAGAGCCAGAAAAAAGCGUUGAAAACGGUGGAAAUAAUGGUAAAUUAGUACGCAAGAUACGACCUAGAAUUAAUGUGAAAAGAGCCAUAAAUCAGAUCCCAGAUGAGAUCUUGAAUGACAAUGAGUUGAAUGAGGCGACUAAACUGCUACCGUCGAAUUACAAUUUUGAAAUCCAUAAGACUGUGUGGAAUAUCAAGAAGGCGAAAGCGAAAAGAGUCGCUUUACAGAUGCCCGAGGGACUGUUGAUUUAUGCACUGGUUAUAAGUGACAUCUUGGAACAGUUUUGUGAGUGUGAAGCUAUUGUUAUGGGCGAUGUUUCUUACGGUGCUUGUUGUAUUGACGAUUUCACUGCGAGAUCACUUGAUUGCGAUUUUAUUGUUCAUUAUGCACAUUCCUGUCUUGUUCCUAUCGAUAUCACGUUGAUCAAGGUUUUGUACGUGUUCGUGACAAUUAAUAUUGAUGAGACGCAUUUGAUUAAAACCUUUCAAAAGAAUUUUGCUCCUGGAUCAAGAUUGGCCGUCUUUGGAACCAUUCAGUUCAACCCUACGAUUCAUAGCAUUAAGAACAAGCUUUCCGAAAUUGACCAGCCAAUUUAUGUGAUUCCGCCCCAAAUAAAACCUCUUUCGAAAGGUGAAGUUCUGGGUUGCACGUCGCAAAGGUUGGACAAAGAACAAAUAAAUGCGAUGGUUUACAUCGGUGAUGGUCGUUUUCAUUUAGAAAGUGCCAUGAUUCAUAAUCCUGAGAUUCCAGCGUACCGGUAUGAUCCUUACAGUCGAAAAUUUACCGUGGAGCGUUACGAUCAAAAACAGCUCGUCGAAGUCAGAACAGAAGCACUGGCCGCGGCCCGAACUGCUCAAAAGUUUGGUCUUAUUUUGGGUGCAUUAGGAAGACAAGGUAACUUGGCUACACUUGACAAUCUGGAAAUGAAAUUGAAGGAUGCAGGAAAAACGGUUUGCAAAAUAAUCUUGAGUGAGAUUUUCCCACAAAAAUUAGCAAUGUUUGAUGAUAUUGACGUUUUCAUACAGGUGGCUUGCCCGAGACUUUCCAUCGACUGGGGUUAUGCAUUCAACAAGCCUUUAUUGACACCUUACGAGGCGAAUGUGCUUCUAGAACAAGAUCGUAUGUUUACUGAGAAAUACUAUCCAAUGGAUUACUAUGAAGUCAAUGGUUAUGGUCGUGGAAAAAUCCCUACUCAUGAUAUUGAGUUGUGA